AUGGCACAACACCACGCAGCCCUGCAGCAUCUCACGCUCCGCAGCUCGCCUCCGCCUCCGUUUCGUCCUCCGAACGCUCUGCCUUUCACCAUAGUCCGAAAGGACGGCGCGGGAAUCGGAACUCCCACUGACCGAACCGAGACUGCUGCUUUGUCGACGGACGCACUGGAUGGACACGAGAGGAGUCCUAGGACGGCUUUUGAACUCGUCCAACCGAGGGCGCCGUUUGGGUUGCCGUAUCACAGGCGAAUCUACGGCCCGGCGGUUGUUGCUAUGCCUCCAGACCGGAUUGAGACAGAUCGUUUGGGGACUUGCGAAGUCGAUAAAGGCGGUCUCGUCCAGGUCAAUACGUCUUCCUCUCCUCCUCUUACAACCGCAAAACCUCUCCCCGAAGACCGAAAGGACAGUGCCACCGUCUCCAAGCACGCCCUCACGACAACAUCUCCGUCAACGUCCACACUCCCCAAAGUCUCGCAAGCCCCGACCCCUCUCUUCCAACUCCCAGACUCGCUCUCCCCGUCCACCCCACGCUAUUCCGGUCCAAAACGCCUCCACAAACACGCAUCUCAGCACCCCAACUCGACGAACAAGAAAAACCACACGCUCCACCAGCUCCUCAAGUCUACCUGCGAAGCCUCCUGCGCCCCCAUCCUGCGCCGCGGCGUAGCCGUAAACUCGGGCCUAGAUCUGCUCCUCGCCGAACCGACGGUUGUGGAUUUCUUGCUCCUGUGCGUGGGCUCCCUGGAGGAACUGUGGACGUACAGAAAGACGAGGAAGAGGAGCACGAAUAGCGGGUUGAGGCUGCUUCCGGGCGAGUGUCCGGUGAAGCGGUGUAUUCUCCGGAGGGUGGUGGAUGCGAUGGACUUGGGGCCUUUGUUUGCGCUGGAUGCGAGGAGGGGAGGAGAGGAUGGCGGCGUGUCGCCGACGAGCGAGGAGACGGCAAGGCCGGCGGAGAGCUUUCCGACUGCGCAGCACUUCCUCGCAACGCUGCCAUUGACACAACGCGCCCUCUUAACUUACAUCCUCCUCUCGCCCUUCGCCCACCUCUCCCUACUCCCGCAUAACUCCAUGUGCCAUCCCGGCCCCCUGGAAGCACCCCGCAUCCACUUCUCCUUCCCCACCAUCCCCUGCACGCCCUUCCUCCCGGCGACUUUCCUCGUAACCCGCCAGCCGCCCCACAAAGAAUCCCUCUUCGCCACGCACUGCCGCCGUCCCGCGCACACGCGCCUCACCGUCUUCCACGGCACGCACCCCAGCCGGCUGCCGCUCAUCCUCAGCCAGGGCCUGCGCAACAUGAGUGGGACGCUGUAUCAGGCGCACGGCCGGAGUUCGGGGAAGGGCAUCUAUCUCGCGAGGGACAGUACGACAAGUCUGUGUUAUAGUCAUGAGGUGCAAGCUUGGCGGGGGAGUCGAUGGCGGGAGAGCGGGGAGGGCGAUGCGGAGGAGGGGGUUAAGGUGCUGUUGGGGUGUGAGGUUGUGGUUGAGGAGGAGAAGGGGGAGGAUGCGGUGUUUGUGGUGAGGGAUGCAGGAACAGUCGUUGUGCGGUUUGUGUGGUUGCUGCCGGAUGGGGUGUGUAAUAUGGGGAAUGGGUUUGAGCAGGAGGUUAAGGAGGCGAUGGAGGUGCUGAGGAAGAGGAGAGGGGAAUGA